AAACAAACUAAAUUAUAGUAUCUUUGUUAAAUAGUUUAAUUUUUAAUUGGGAAAAAAUAUAUAUAAAGCAAUAGAGGAAGCAUUGAGUAUAUAAGUUGAGUGUGUAUCCAGAUAUAGACGACACAUAAAGCAGAGCAGAGGCGACACAGAUACCAUAACUAUUACAUAGAAACCACCACCGACAGCACGAGAGGCUUGUGAAGUGAAAAAACCAAAAUGUCGGAUGAACAGCAGCAGCAACAACAGCGACAGAACUGUUGUCGCCUCUGUCUGGCACCGGAUAACGAAUGCAUAUCCAUAUUAAAUAGUUACGCUGCGGAUAAGGAACCUUUGGCCACUAAAAUAUACAGUUGUGUAAGCGUCAAGAUAUCGCCCAAUGAUCGUUUAUCGUUAAGCAUUUGUCAUGCUUGCAUAAGUUAUCUGAAUUCUUGGCAGUCGUUCAAGAAUCGUUGUUUAGCCUCACAAAACAAGCAGCGUUCAUGGUUGGAGAGCGGGCAUAAUAAUACGAAAAAAUCCGCAUAUCAGCAAGACCAAGGAGAUACACACCAUGAUGACCAGCAGGCUCAGGAUGACAUGGCCUCUGUAUCGGGCUUGGCACCCUCAAUAUUGGAGGGCAUAACAUCAUUAAAAAAACGAAAAUCGUUAACAGUCUAUCCCGUACCGGCAGUUCAAAUCAAAGAUGAACCAAUUGAUGCGGAUGACGAUUAUAACAGUACAAAACAACAUGAUGAAUCCGAUGAAAUAGUAGAUCCGACAAUGUUUUUAGAGCGUACCGCCGAUGAAGGCGACGAACCGUUAAUGGAUUCUUCACAUUAUGGUGACUACGAAGCUCAACGCUUAUUAACUGAGUUAAAACCGCUACCAACUACUAACUUAAUUAAAAUGGAUACAAAAGAAGCUUCGUGUAGGGCAUGUAAUUUGAAAUUUUCCACUCGGGCCAAUGCUCGACGACAUGAGCGCAAUUUACAUCCGACUCUAUUUGAUAGCCUAUCUACAGGUAAUAGCAAUAGUUCUUUAAAUAAACAAACGGCCGCUUUAAAUGCCUCGUUGGAAUUGCAACGUGCCGUAGCCGCGGCUGUUGCGGCUGACGCUUGCAAAUUGAACACCAGCGGCUUAAUAUCGAAUCAGAAAUACCGCCAAGAAGUGGUAAAUGCCUUUAAUAACAGCGAAAUGGGGGGAUGGGAUUAUGAUUGCCCGGAAAAGUAUCAACAGCUAUUGACCGAUGAAAAAAUUGUCUUUCUUCAGCAAAAUGAAGAAUUUUUAUUACAAUAUCAAACGAUGACUUGCCGUUGUUGCAAUAAAUACUACAGCACUUAUAAAAAAUUUAUGGCGCAUAUGCGUAAAAAGUAUUUAACUUUACCACGUAAUCUUUGUUUCAAUUGCUUGAAACUGAACGAUUCGAAAGCUUUAUUCAUCUCACACUUAAAACGACGCAACUGCAUAAAUCUUUAUAAAAUAUUGCAAAAUUUAAUGGCGAAAAAUGCUAAUUUUGCAGCUGCCGUGACGGCCACUGUCGCCGCCACACCCGAAAAGAUGAGAGCCAAAGAAUUAUUGGUUAACAAGAUGUAUGAAUGCAAGUUGUGCCCUAAAACGUUCCGUUUGAAAUUGGAAUUUCGUUCGCAUGUUUAUGAUGAACAUGCGGCUGCGCAACGUAAAGACAUUGGCACAACACAGUGCAGUUUUUGCGCAAUCGAUAUCGAAGAUCCAGCCGAACGCAAGCGUCAUUAUAAUAACAUGGAAUGCAUAGUAAUAUUGCGUUGCGUCACCUGCGAUACGAAACAUGAAAAUCAACACAAAUUUAUGGAGCAUGUCCAAGAGAAGCACUUGGCCGCUUUCCGCGAUCAACCUCAAUUUAUGACAAAUGCUGAUAACUCACCGGGGAAAAAGUCAAGCAUGGGUGCAUCUUCAGCUGAUGACUCGCGCAGCAGUAGUUUUAAGAAUCUUUCAGCUACCGUGACGCCAGCACCGCCGGCCAAAAGUCAAUGUUUCUCGCGUAUGCCCCAGGCUUGUCCUAUUUGUGGCCAACAGUACAACAAUUAUAACAAUGUAUUACGUCAUAUGGAAUCGAAACAUCCUGAUCAAUUGCCUCAAACUUACAAAUGUGUAAAAUGUGGAGUGGGCUAUCCCCGUCUAUCUAAUUUACGCGAUCAUAUGGUUAACGUUCAUGAUGCUGAUAAGACGCGUCACACCGGUUUUGAGUAUAUAGUUAAUGCGGAGACUGUCAAACCUACUGGUCAUACCAAUAAUCAGAACGUUUAUAGCGGUCGCUACGAUUAUGUGAUGAAGGAUUUGAUGUCUAUAACAAAUGGUGGGACAACUGUUGAUGACGACGAAGGUGGUCGAGAGAAUGCUGCUAAAAAGUUGCGUUUAGAUAAUAAUGCAACAGCGCAACUUUCAAAUAAUAAUAAUAGUGUCAGUAUUACGCCCGUUUUGAAUGGACAGAAGGAGUGCCCAAUUUGUAAGGCCGUUUUUAAUAACAAUAUCGGUCUAUCGAAUCAUAUGCGCUCGCAUCAAUUGCAAAAUCCCAUGGCUGCUAAGGCGGCCAUGGCGGGAAGUUCAUCAUUUUCUACGCCGCCAGUACAACAGACCAUCUUAAAAAGAACACUUGAGCAGGCAGCCGAUCGCCGUUUCCGUCGUAUGCGUUGUCGCAUCUGUCAACGGCGCUUUUCAACUAAAAAAUCUUACCGGUAUCAUAUGCUUAAUGAUCAUCAAAUACGAAAUGUCCAAUUUAUUAAGUGUCAGUUGUGUGAUGCUGAAUUUGCCUACGAGAAGGGUCUUAAGGUGCAUAUGUUCAAAGUACAUAACACAUUGCUCAAGGAUGAAAUGAUUAUCAAGCAAUAUGAAUGCGAGAUAUGCUCAAUUGUGUAUCGCACCGACGUGGAGUUACAACAUCAUUUGGCCAAUGUGCAUGGCAAACAAGGAGAAGCUCAAGACAACGAUGAUGACGAUUAUGGCGAAGACUCUUUGAUGGGUGCUGCCGACAAUAGUUCAGCUGGAGCGGAUGCGUCCGGUAUAUCGACACCAAUUAGUGGCAUUGGUAAUACAUCGGGAGCUGGCGGUAAUAGCGCUACUAGUAACGUGCCUUUAUAUUGGUAUCAAUGCAAAUAUUGUCCCUCAAACUUCAACACCAAUAAAAAGUUGGCAAUUCAUAUAAAUUCACACGAUGAAUUUGAUUCGAAUGAUUAUUCGUGCAAGGACUGUGGCAAUGUUUAUAGUGGUCGUAAGAGUUUAUGGGUUCAUCGUUACAAGAAGCAUCCCCAAAUCGCGGAGCCAUCCGAAUGCCAUUUAUGUAAGAAAGUAUUUUUCGAUACUCAAAUGUUGGAAAAUCAUACGCCGACUUGUAAUCGAAGAUCGGCUAAAUCGGGUGGCACGGCCAAUUCUGAAUCGACUCAACCGAUUUAUAAACAUAAAACCGGGGACGAUGAUGACGAUGAAGACGAAGCGUCUCGCGAUGAUGAUGAUGCUGAGAAAAAUGCUAAUACUACCUCUGUUGCUGCCAAUACGACAACUACGACCAGCGCUAGUCUUCAAGGGUCUGGUCUAAAAAUUAAGCUACCGGAAGUGGCUUGUACAAUUUGCGGGGCGCGUUUCACCGAUCAGGAUUUAUUCAGCAAACAUAUUCAAAUGCAUGAAAUGGAAUUGUAUACAGAUAAUCCAUUGGCGUCAAUGUUUGACACAGGGCCUGCUGAUCCUAAUCAAUUUUAUAUGGAUCGAAUGAAUGAGAAUGGCGAGUAUGCUUGCGAUUUGUGUUCGAAGAUAUUUACGCAAAUGACUGCACUUAAAGUGCAUCGGAAAUGGCAUUUCAGAGGUGAUAGCAAACAGAACGAAGUAGAUCAGCGUACAUCGAAUCUGGGUACAUUCAGCAGUACCAAUCAGCAACAGCAGCACCAGGAUCAAUCGCACCAUUCAAUCCCGAUCAACCAUCAACGUCUACUGGGAUUACAAGCGGUGGGUCUUAUGCCCCGACAAUCCGUCCCCCUUUCAAAAUCCCAGAAACGUAAACGUGAACUCAAAUGCGAAUAUUGUCCUUCCACUUUUAUCAGCAAUAAUAAUUUACGUCGUCAUUUAUAUGAAUUACACAAGAAUGAGAUCGGUAAUCUACCGGUGCCGCCAAAAAUUGAAUUGGAUGCACCUAACAAUUGUCGUCGAUGUAAUUUAAAAUUUGAAAGUAAAGCGGAUUGGAUUGAACAUAAAGUGGCCGAUGCGCGUGUAAUGAAGCCUUUCGGACCGUUUCAAUGGGGCUGUGAUUUGUGUGGCACCUAUGUGUCACGCAAAGAGAAAUUAAUUAAUCAUAUACAUAAUCAUAUGAAAGAAGCAUUUAUUAUACCGAUCGAACAAUCACAAUCGGCACAGAAAGGCUCGAUCCAACAGACGCAAUCGCCAAAGCAAUUAGAACAGCAGAAAAAUUCCAAAAAUGAUCAAGCGGAAGAAUUGCUUAAAGUUAAAAUCAAACAAGAGCCACUAGAUAAUACUGAAGUACCUGUUGUCACCGAACAGCAAACCAAUAAUCUUGAAGAAUCUUGCGACAGUGCUAAAGAUCAUUACGAUGACGUUGACGAGGUGGAAGAUGAGGUCGAUGAAGAUGAAGUCGAAAGAAGAGUGGCUGUCGAUGAAUAUGAUGAGGACUCUGCCGCUGACGAAGAGGAACUUGAUGAAAUGGCUGUAGGAGCUCAGCAGACUGUAGGUGAUGAGGACGACGAUUUAGAUGAAGAAGGCGAUGGUGACGGUGAUGGUGAUGGCGAUGCUGAUGGUGAUGGUGAUGGUGAUGGCGAUGGUGAUGAUGAAGAUGAAGAUGAUAUUGAAGAGGAUCCCGACACAAAUGAAGAUACAAAUGAAAUUGCGAGUCGGGGAAGUCAACACCUGAACAAUCGAAGCAAUUUAGCUAUCAUAGAAGCUGAGGACGAAGAAGUCGAUUCUGACGAAUUUGAUGAUGAUGAUGACGAAGAUUCGUUGCAAGAAAAUCGUAAAAGAGCGCCCAUGGAUAACGCAAUGGUUAAAUCCCGUUAUCCCUGCGAUCUUUGUCAAGUAUUUUUCGAUUCACAACAAGACCUGCAAAAGCAUGUGAAAAUGCAUUUCCUCAACGGUCCCGGUUCAGUUACUUUAACCGAAAUCAAAGCGAAAUCCUCAUCCUCUAGCAAAAGUCGCAGCAGUAGCAGCGAUGUGGUCACUUUAUCAACGACAUAAAAUUAUAUAAAAAAAAAGUAAACCGUAAUAAGUUUAUGUCCAGCUAUUUGACAUAUAGAUGAGAGUUUUCUUUAUUCUUUUCACUUCUUUUUUCUUUAUUAUAUUAUUAUUAUUAUUAUUAUUAUUAUUAUUAUAUUUA